AUGAUGGAAGGUAGGACUAUCGAUUACAGGCCCGACGGUGGUGGUCUAGAUUACCAUAACUCGCCUCUGAUGGCGGAGAUACCAGUAGAUAAUUUUUCGCAUAUCCAUAGAAGUAUAGAGCACCUUCGGUCGAUGGGAGUGGCUCCCCCGCUUGACCCACAUAGACAUCUAGCAGCUAAUUUAACAGACUUGAGAAGGUAUGAACACCCAGAUGAUAUCCCGGACAUGAAGCCGUCCGUUCUAAGACUAUCCGAAUUCAAGAGCGGUAUACAAGAGCUUAGGGUUCACAACGACCAAGAAAACGAUGUACAACGGCAAAUGACUCCACACGAUGAAGGGAAAGCCUACAGCGCUCCAUCGACACCCCUAUCUGAGAACGGAGGUCAUAGCGGCCAGGAAGAAAAGGUCUUUGGCUCAAAAGCAGAUCUCCAGCUGCAUACGCAGAUUCAUCUCCGCGAAGCGAAGCCCUACCGAUGCACCCAGUGUCCAAAAGCCUUCGCAAACUCGUCGUAUUUAGCGCAGCAUUCCCGUAUUCAUUUAGGAAUCAAACCGUACCGCUGUGAGAUUUGUCAGCGCAAGUUUACGCAGCUGUCUCACCUGCAGCAGCACAUUCGUACCCAUACGGGUGACAAGCCUUACCGCUGUACUCAAAUCGGAUGCACCAAAGCUUUUUCGCAGUUAUCAAAUCUGCAAAGUCAUAGUCGUUGUCACCAAACUGACAAGCCUUUCAAGUGUAAUUCCUGCUACAAGUGUUUCGCACAAGAGAAAGAUCUGCUUGAACACAUUCCGAAACAUAAAGAAUCUAAACAUCUAAAAACGCACAUUUGCCAGUACUGCGGCAAGAGCUAUACCCAGGAAACUUACUUAAGUAAACACAUGAACAAGCACGCCGAAAGAGCCGAUAAGCGACCGCCAAUAUCUGCCUUGGGGCUGAGCGGGCUCAAUAGGUCUUUAGCAGCGGCCGCUCCUACGGCAGCGCCUUUCGCGGACCAUCCUUACUGGCCAAAAGUGAGCCCAGAUUCUGCGGCUCACAUGUCUGAUGAUGGUGGCUAUCACCAGCAACGAGAAAGCGACGAUCACCACGAGCAACAACUCCAGCAGCAACGAGCGCUGUUCGCACAGCACGAAGCUCAAGAAGAUCGCAUACAACCCCCAGUUUCGUCAGCUGCAAACUCUGCUUUUACCCCUAUAAACUCAAUGGCCCCACAUCUCAAUGGACUAUCGCACCACAGUGCGCUCCAGACGAGACCAUAUUUGUACGACCCGUUGCACUUCCAACAAGGAAAACAGCAGCCGAACUCGUUCCCUAACCAGCUGAUAUCUCUUCACCAGAUUCGAAACUACGCUCACCAGCCCUCGUCACUCUUGCCCGCAGAACACAUUCUGCCUCAUUCUUUAGCCCACAAAGAAAAACAGUAACCUUUCCUUGCCGUUUCUGUAGGUGCACUUACUUUAGAACUUAUGAUGGUAUUAUUAG